ACGGCAAUUUCAAGAUGGCAGCGUGGCCGGGUCAGAGUCUGAGCAGUGGGAGACACCGCGGUGAAACGGGCAGCUGAACGGCCACCUUCUGGCCCACUCGGCGUUCUUGGUCCGACCCCGAGGAAAACGAAGAGGAUGCGGAGAGAGCGGUCGGCGAACUGAGAUCGAGAGAGACGCCCAUCCGGGUGUGGAGCGGCAGUCGCCGGCCUCCUGUCACUGUUGGUCCCCCCGUCCCCUCCCCUCCCCUUCAGUGUUCUCGGCUGGGUUGUGAAGUUGCUCGCCGCCUCCUCCCCCUCCCCCCCACCCCUCCUUCCCCCGGAGGAUGAUGUGUUCGGCUCCAUCUCCUCCUGCACCCGGGGCCGGGGCCGGUGCCGGUGGCGGCGGCGGUUUCUUUCCUUGCACCUCGCACGCGGAGCCCGAGCACUCUGCCGCCGCCGCCGCCGCCGCUUCUCUCCACACGGACUCGCUGCUCCUGCCGCCGCCUGGGUCGGCGGCCGAUGCUCGGGCUGUUGCAACUGCUGCUGCUGCUGCUGGAGGAGGAGGCGGCGGCGGCGGCGGCGGCAGAGGAGGUGGAGGAGGGAUGGAGGACGGGGCCGGGCGUCAGCUGCUGUCAGGGAAGCUACUCGGGAACAAGUACCAACAGCUCUUCGCCGCCGCCCUGGAUCUCCAGCAUAGCAGAAAUAAAAAAGCUUUGGGUAAGAAAAAACUUAAAAGAAAGCAGAAGACCAAGUCCAAAGUGAAAACGCGAUCAAAGACAGAAAAUUUGGAAAAUGCUUCACCAAUUCCUGAUAUCAAAAUCCAUAGCAACCCUUCAGCCUUCAAUGUUUACUGUAAUGUGCGUCAAUGUGUUCUGGAAUGGCAACGGAAAGAAGCCUCCCUGGCCUUGGCCUCAAAGAAUUCAGUCCAAAGUGGAGAGUCAGACAGUGAUGAGGAAGAAGAAUUAAGGGAUCCGCCAAUUAAAUUACCCAAGAUCAUAGGAAUUGGGCUUUGUGGUGUUUUUGAGCUUAUAAAAGAGACUAGAUUCUCUCAUCCUGCACUGUGUCUGAGAAGUUUACAUGCUCUACUUGACAUGCUUCAGGGGCAACAGCCCGAAGGUCUCCAGUCAGAGCCACCUGAUGUUUUAGAAUCUCUCUUCCAUUUAUUGUUAGAAACAACGAUACGAAGCACUGGAAUGGCAGAUAAUAUCAGCCAGUCUCUUACUGCUUUUUCUUGUGCCUGCCUCUUCAGUUUGGUCGUUGCUUGGGGAGAUACAGGCAAGGUUCUACAAGCUGUGUCAGCAAUUCUUACUAGUAAUGGCAGCCAUGCUUGCCAACCUAUUCAGGUGCCAACCAUUCUAAAUGCUCUUCAAAGGAGUGUUCAAGCAGUUUUAGUUGGAAAAAUUCAAAUUCAGGACUGGUUCAGUAAUGGAAUAAAGAAGGUAGCUUUAAUGCAUAAAUGGAUUUUAAAGGAAGUAUUAACAGAUGAAGAUGAUCAGUGCCUACUGCAGAGUGAUGGCUCAUUUCUGUAUCUGUUGACUAAAGAUGGACUGUAUAAAAUUGGUUCUGGUUACAGUGGAACAGUCAGGGGCCAUGUGUACAACUCAACCUCCCGGAUAAGGAAAAGGAAGGACAGAAGAUCAUGGCUGGGGUUUGCACAGGGUUCUUUACUAUACAGGGAUUUAAAUAACCAUAAUAUGACAGCAAUGUCCAUCAACCCAGAAACCCUGGAACAAGAAAGCACAAUUAAUCUUCCAGGUUGUCAACCUGGAGGACAGAACAUUCUAUUCACAGAUGGAGAAUACAUCAAUCAGAUUACUGCGUCAAAAGAUGAUGGUUUUGUAGUUCGGAUAUACACAACAAACACCGAGCCUGCACUUCAACAGGAGUUGCAGCUCAAGCUAGCCAGGAAGUGUCUACAUGCUUGCGGCCUUUCUUUAUUUGAUCUGGAGAAAGACUUGCACAUCAUUAAUACAGGAUUUGAUGAGGAGUCGGCUUUCGUUGGAGCAGGUCGAGAAUUUGCACUAAUGAAAAGCGCUAAUGGAAAGAUGUAUUACACUGGCAAAUAUCAGAGCCUUGGCAUCAAACAAGGAGGUCCUACUGCCGGAAAGUGGGUCGAAUUACCCAUCACAAAAUCGCCAAAGAUUGUACAAUUCUCUGUGGGUCACGAUGGGUCUCAUGCCUUAAUGGUGGCUGAAGAUGGAAGUGUUUUUUUCACUGGGUUGGCUAGUAAAGGAGAGGAUGGUGAAUCAGGUACAGAUGCAAACAUGGCUAAAAGCAGACGCCAGCCAAAACCUUACAAGCCAAAGAAAAUGAUAAAAAUGGAAAGUAAAACAGCAGUCAAUACAGCAUGCAACAAUGGAAGUAGUGGUAUCACAACGAAGGAGGGAGAACUGUACAUGUUUGGAAAAGAUGCUGUUUACUGUGACAGUUCAGGUCUUGUGACUGAGUUAAAGGGGCAUUAUGUGAGUCAAGUAGCUUUGGGUAAAGCACACACCUGCGUAUUAACAAAGAAUGGAGAAGUAUGGACAUUUGGUGUGAACAACAAGGGACAAUGUGGCAGAGAAACUGGUGCACUUUGUCAAGGAGGGAAAGGUUUUAACGUGGAAAAUAUGGCUACUGCGAUGGAUGAAGAUUUAGAGGAGGAGCUGGAUGAAAAGGAUGAGAAAUCCAUAAUGUGCCCCCCUGGAAUGCACAAAUGGAAGUUAGACCAGUGCAUGGUCUGCACUGUAUGUGGAGACUGCACAGGCUAUGGAGCCAGCUGUGUCAGCAGUGGACGGCCAGACAGAGUCCCUGGAGGCAAGUGUUUCAGAAACGGGCUUUGUGGGUGUGGGUCUGGUGAGUCGGGUUGCGCUCUGUGUGGGUGUUGUAAGGCCUGUGCUCGAGAACUGGAUGGCCAAGAAGCAAGGCAGCGAGGAAUUCUAGAUGCUGUUAAAGAAAUGAUCCCGUUAGAUCUUCUUUUAGCAGGACCUGUGCCACCUGGUGUUAACAUAGAAGAACAUAUUCAAUUGCGACAAGAAGAAAAGAGACAGCGAUUAAGUAGAAGGCACAGGCUGGAAGAAGUGAGAGGCCCCAUUGUAUUUCCUGGUCCCAUUUAUUUGAAUCAUCGAGAACAGGCCAUAGCCAGGCUAAGAUCCCUUCCAGCAAAGCUAAAGCAUAAACGGGACAAGCAUAAAGAUGCUAAUGGAGAAAGGGGGGAUAAGGAUGCCAGCAAGAUCGCAACAUUUCCCCCGGGCGCCGUAUGUCUUGACUAUGACCUCCAGGCCAUCCAGAUUAGCUGUGGAUUCCACCACUCGGUGAUUCUAAUGGAAAACGGUGAUGUAUAUACAUUUGGAUAUGGGCAACACGGCCAGCUUGGACACGGAGAUGUCAAUUCAAGGGGGUCACCAACAUUAGUACAGGGCUUACCAGCUCCUUGCACUCAAGUAACUGCAGGCAGUAACCACACAGCUCUACUAUUAGCAGAUGGACAAGUCUUCACAUUUGGAAGCUUCUCUAAAGGACAACUUGGUAGACCAAUUUUGGAUAUGCCUUUCUGGAACACGAGGCCAUCUCCUAUGCCAAAUAUAGGCUCAAAAUAUGGUCGUAAGGCAACUUGGAUAGGUGCAAGUGGAGACCAAACCUUUCUGCGUAUCGAUGAAGCUCUUAUCAACUCGCAUGUUUUAUCAACUUCAGAAAUCUUUGCCAGCAGAAGCAUAAUAGGUUUGGUACCUGCAUCUGUCACUGAGCCACCACCCUUUAAAUGCUUGCUAAUCAAUAAGCUGGAUGGAAGUUGUAGGACAUUUAACGAUUCAGAGCAGGAAGACUUGCGAGGGUUUGCAGUUUGUCUGGAUCCUGUGUAUGAUGUAAUUUGGAGGUUCUUACCUGGCAAAAAAGAAGUUUGGUGCUACAACGCAGUUACAGCAGAUGCUAGGCUUCCUGCAGGAUCAGAUAUGCCCAGCAAGUGUAGCAUAUUGAGUCCUGAGCUUGCACUACCAACCGGAUCUAAAUCAAAUACCACUCGGUCGCAUGGGGCUCUGCACAUUCUAGGUUGUUUGGAUACGUUGGCUGCUAUGCAGGAUCUGAAAAUGGGAGUUACCAAUACAGAAGAGGAGAUACAAGCUGUUACUAAAGUUUAUUCAAAAGAAGAUUAUAGCGUGGUUAAUCGAUUUGAAAGUCAUGGCGGUGGCUGGGGGUAUUCUGCUCAUUCUGUCGAAGCCAUUCGGUUUACUGCAGACACGGAUAUACUGCUUGGAGGUCUUGGCUUGUUCGGUGGGAGAGGUGAAUACACAGCAAAAAUCAAGCUAUUUGAGCUGGGUCCUGAUGGAGGAGAUCAUGAAACGGAUGGUGACCUGCUGGCUGAAACUGAUGUCCUGGCUUAUGACUGUGCUGCGAGGGAGAAAUAUGCAAUGAUGUUUGAUGAGCCUGUACUUUUGCAGGCUGGCUGGUGUUAUGUGGCUUGGGCUCGAGUGUCGGGACCCAGCAGUGAUUGUGGCUCCCAUGGACAAGCCUCAAUCACCACGGACGAUGGGGUGGUUUUCCAGUUCAAAAGCUCAAAGAAGUCGAAUAAUGGGACAGAUGUGAAUGCAGGUCAAAUACCACAGUUAUUAUACAGGUUACCAUCAAGCGAUGGCAAUUCUGGAAAAGGAAAGCAACAACCAAGUGAACCAGUGCAUAUAUUGAGAAGAUCUUUUGCAAGGACUGUCUCUGUGGAAUGUUUUGAUUCAUUGCUGAGCAUUCUUCAGUGGAGCUGGACAACACUGGUGUUGGGAGUGGAGGAGCUUCAGGGGUUAAAAGGUUUUCAAUACACAGCCACUUUACUGGAUUUGGAACGUCUAAAAUUUGUUGGUACUUGCUGCCUACGUCUGCUGCGUGUCUACAUCUGCGAAAUAUAUCCUAUAUCAGCUGGUGCUAAAGCUGUGGUAGAGGAAACCAGCAAACUGGCAGAAUGUGUGGGAAAGACUCGGUCUCUUCUGAGAAAGAUUUUAUCAGAAGGAGUUGACCAUUGUAUGUUGAAGCUUGACAAUGAUCCUCAUGGCUACCACUCACAACCCAAGACAUUAUUGGAAGCAGUUCUUCAAGAAUGCCACAACACAUUUACAGCUUGCUUUCAUUCUUUUUAUCCCACCCCUGGAUUGCAGUGGGCUUGUCUUUGUGACCUGCUUAAUUGCCUAGAUCAGGAUAUACAGGAAGCAAACUUCAAGACAUCAAGUAGCCGGUUGCUUGCAGCAGUCAUGUCUGCACUUUGCCACUCUUCUGUCAAAUUGACCACAAUCCUCCCCAUAGCUUAUGACGGAGAAGUGCUGCUUCGAUCCCUGGUGAAACAGUCAAGCACAGAAAAUGAAUCUAGCAUGAUUCACAGAUUUGGUCUAUUAGUGUCUCAUAUGGAGAAACUCAGCCAGAUUGAAGAAAAUAUUACAAGUAUGACAAGUUUUCGAGAAGUGCUGGAAAAAAUGUUGGUCAUUGUCGUCCUUCCAGUUCGCAAAAGUCUUAGAAGAGAAGUAGAGCUAUUUUCUCCUCUUCUGGUGUCUAAUACGUGUGGUCUUCUUGCCAGUAUAGUGAGUGAACUCACCGCAUCGGCACUGGGAUCAGAGGUUGAUGGAUUGAAUUCCCUUCACUCUGUCAAAGCCACACCAAACCGAUUUAUUAAAACUAGCCAAGGGCGAAGUUGGAAUACUGGUAAUGGGUCACCGGACGCAAUCUGUUUCUCUGUUGACAAACCUGGUGUCGUUGUGGUCGGGUACCAUGUUUAUGGAGGAGGCGGCAUUCAUGAAUAUGAACUAGAAGUGUUAGUCGAUGAUAGUGAGCACACUGGUGAUUCAGCGCAUUCUCACAGGUGGACUUCCUUAGAACUAGUAAAAGGUACCUACAGCACUGAUGACUCAUCUAGUGACACGGCAGAGAUUAGAUUGGAUAAAGCUGUGCCUUUAAAGGAAAAUGUGAAAUAUGCUGUACGUCUAAGGAACUAUGGAAGUCGGACUGCAAAUGGAGAUGGAGGGAUGACCACUGUUCAAUGCCCAGAUGGUGUAACGUUCACUUUUAGUACAUGCAGCCUCAGUAGUAAUGGAACUAACCAGACUCGCGGUCAAAUCCCUCAGAUACUUUAUUACAGGAGUGAGUUUGAUGGAGAUCUGCAAUCACAACUGCUUAGCAAAGCAAAUGAGGAAGAUAAAAACUGCAGCAGAGCCCUCUCCGUUGUGUCUGCAGUUGUUUAUGCAGCUAAGGAUUUGUUGCAUAGAGCUCUGGCUGUUGAUGCUGAAGAUAUUCCAGAAUUACUCAGCUCGUCCAGCCUGUUAUCAAUGCUGCUUCCACUUAUCUUGGCUUACAUUGCACCAGUUGCUGCCGGUGUACCAAAAGCUGCAGUUGAAGUUUUUGGUCUUGUACAUGAACUUUUGCCUCCAGUUGCAACAUUAAAUCAGAAAUAUGCUCCUCCUGCCUUCAAUCCAAAUCAGUCAACAGACAGCGCAACAGGCAACCAGCCUGACCAAGGUCUAUCAGCUUGUACUACUUCUAAUCAUUAUGCUGCGGUGGAGAGUGACCAUCCUUACAAACCUGCAAGUGUCAGUCAAUUAAAGGUAACUUUCCCAGAUUGUGUGAGGUGGAUGACUGUUGAGUUUGACCCAUUGUGUGGUACUGCACAGCCAGAGGAUGUCCUCCGUUUGCUGAUUCCAAAUAAAGCUUUCCAAAGUUCAGGAUUUGGGUCUAAGAAUUCAAGUCAUGAAGUUCUUAAUUCAUGGAUAGAAUUAAAGAAAUUUUCGGGUUCCAUCGGAUGGCCGGCCACAGUCCUUGUUUUACCAGGAAAUGAUGUCAUCUUUUCUUUGGAGACUGCAUCAGACUACGUGAAGGAUGAAAAGGCCUGUUUUUAUGGUUUCAAGUGUGUUGUUGUGGGUUACGAAUUCAGUCCUGGACUUGAUGAGAGCAUCCUACAACUAGAGAAGGAAUUGGCAUACCUUGGAAGUAUGUGUGCAGCAUCACUAAUGAAAAAAGAUCUUGCACUUCCUGUUGGCAAUGAAGUAGAGGAAGAUCUUGAAAUUCUUGAGGAAUCAGCUUUGCAGGUCUGCAAAAACCAUGCUGGAUUACUAGGAAAGGGUCUUGCUUUGUCGCAUGCUCCAACUAUUUUGGAGGCACUUGAUGGUAAUCUUCCCCUCCAUCUGCAGAGCAAUGAACAUUCAUUUUUGGAGGACUUCAUUGCCUGUAUACCCAGCUCUAGUGGUGGACGGCUUGCAAGGUGGCUUCAACCGGAUUCCUAUGCAGAUCCCCAGAAAACUUCACUGAUAUUGAAUAAAGAUUAUAUUAAGUGUGGCUGGCCUGCCACCAUUACAAUCCAGACUAAAGACCAAUAUGGAGAUGUAGUUCAUGUUCCAAAUCUCAAGGUUGAGGUGAAAGCUAUCCCUCUCUCUCAAAAGAAAUCUGUACAACAGGAAAAUUCUAAAAAAUUGCACCGAUUUCCUGGUAGCCCACCAAUAAUAGCGUCAAGUACUGAUAUGACGUUUGGUGGUUUGCCAUCUCCUAAACUGGAAGUAUCCUAUGAACCAAUGAUAGUAAAAGAAGCUCGAUAUACAGCAAUCACUAUGAUGAAGGCUUAUGAAAAUUAUUCAUUUGAAGAGCUUCGAUUUGCAUCUCCCACACCUAAAAGGCCAAGUGAAAAUAUGUUAAUUCGGGCGAAUAAUGAUGGCACAUACAGUGCAAACUGGACACCUGGAACUGUAGGUCUUUAUACUAUCCAUGUCACAAUAGAUGGCAUUGAAACAGAUGCUGGUCUAGAAGUAGAAGUAAAAGACCCACCAAAGGGGAUGAUACCUCCAGGCUCUCAAAUGGUCAAACCUAAGGUUGAACAGCAACCAAGCAAGGUCCGCAGAUUUGUGACAAAGGACAGUGCAGGGCUUCGUAUACGUAGCCAUCCUUCUCUCCAAAGUGAGCAGAUAGGCAUAGUGAAGGUCAAUGGAACCAUCACUUUCAAUGAUGAGAUCCACAAUGAUGAUGGGGUAUGGCUGAGACUGAAUGAUGAGACUGUAAAGAAGUAUGUUCCCAACAUGAAUGGUUACACUGAAGCCUGGUGCCUCUCUUUUAACCAACACCUGGGCAAGAGCCUUCUGGUCCCUGUUGAUGAGCCUAAAUCCAUCACUGAUGAUUACUUCAGAGAAGUAAAUUCACGUCGGUGCCAUGAAGUAGUGUUGAAAGAGCAGGAAAAGAUGUUCCUGCAAGGCGGACCAGGAGUAUAUAAGGUAGUGAAGACUGGGCCUUCAGGGCACAACAUCAGGAGCUGCCCUAACCUUAGAGGUAUCCCCAUUGGAAUGUUAGUUCUUGGGAACAGAGUCAAGGCAUUAGGCGAGGUGACAAACCAUGAGGGCACAUGGAUCCAACUUGAUAAGAACAGCAUGGUGGAAUUCUGUGAAAGUGGUGAUGGCGAGGCCUGGUCCUUGGCUAGAGACCGAGGCGGUAACCAAUACUUAAGACAUGAAGAAGAACAAGCACUACUAGAUCAAGCACCUCAGACACCUCCUCCCAGUCCUUUUACAGCUCCUGCUUUCAACAGGAGUGCUGCUGGCAACAACAGUCAAGGAUUUGACUAUCACCUUGCAAAUACCAAAGAUGAAGUAACUACAGACCUUGAUUUAGAGUCUUACACCGAACCUGGUGACCAACUGAGCUCCAUACUGAAUACCAUUCAGUCACAGCCUUUCCUCCCAGCUUCUAGCGUCUUUGGUCAAGCUGCAAAGCCCUCCUCUUCCCUUGUUCACAGCCCAUUUGUGUUUGGACAACCCCUUUCUUUGCCGCAGUCUCAACCACAGCUUCUGAACGCUUCACGCAGCCUUGCUUCACGUGAGCUCUCAUGCACAGGGCCUGGGUCAGGUGUCUGCUCUCUAUCUCUGAAGUCAAAGGGUGAUAAAGGAAACAUUGUAGUAUCUGGAAGACCCUCAACUCCUUCGGGAAACUAUGAUUUGUCCUUCAAACACAAAGCUGAAAAUCGAUUGCAAAAAAUUGAAGGUCGGAUCAGCAAGGCUGCAGUAGAACAAACAAAGGCAAAAAAUGCAGAGAAUUUGACUGCCAGUGAAUCUCUAAUGCUUAAAUCUGAUGCUGCUAAAUUGAGGUCAGACUCUCAUAGUAGAUCUCUUUCCCCAAAUCACAAUACAUUACAAUUGGUAAAAACAGAUGAGAAGACCACAGUUGGACCAAGAGCAGAGUCACCAACACCAGGUACACGGUCAGCAUUGCCAAAGCAAAAGUUGUCUGGAAAAGGCAGCCCACCAAGUGCUAAUUCUCAAAAGCCAUACUCUCCACAUGAUAGAAACUUAACUCAUAAAGUCAAUACAGCCUCGAAAAUUAGAUUGGAUCCACCAAGGGAAAGAUCAAAGUCCGAUUCAUACACUUUGGACCCAGAUACAGUUCGCAAGAAACGAGUUCCUCUAACUGAGAACCUGCGAGGGCGCUCAACUUCACCGAAACCAAAAUUGCUGCCUAAGGAAGCUAAACCUACCACCAAUGUGGAAAACAGGGUGCCAUCCCCUCAGGUUGUGCAGGAAAAUCUUCACAGUGAGAUAGUUGCUAUUUGUACAUCUUGUACUCUGACAACAACCAGCAAUUCAGAUACGGUAUCUGACCAAAUCGUUGAAAUUCUAAACCCUGAAGAUUCUUCCCCAAAGGUCCAUUUCAGUAUUGGCAAAGCACCUCCCAAAGAAGAACAAGAAACUCGAUCAUCUCCUAAGAUGAGUCGCAAGAGUACUAGUAGACACACAAGACCCAAGAAGGAGAAAAUUGGAACUAUAUUAAAAGAAGAAAGUAAUUCUUCUGUUGAGCCACCAAAGCGAGCAAUGUCUCCUUCUGUUGCAGAAUGCGCUCGGGCUGUGUUUGCUGCUUUCUUAUGGCAUGAAGGGAUUGUCCACGAUGCAAUGGCAUGCUCAUCUUUCUUGAAGUUCAACCCUGAUCUUAGUAAAGAACAUGCACCAAUGCGAAGCAGUCUUUACAACCAACCAGGGUUGGAAGAAAAAGAGACAAAGCUAAAGAACAGGCACUCGUUGGAAAUAUCAUCAGCUCUAAAUAUGUUUAAUAUUUCUCCUCAUGGUCCAGACAUAUCUAAAAUGGGCAGUAUUAAUAAAAAUAAAGUGCUCUCAAUGCUCAAAGAACCUCCUUUGCCUGAGAAAAAUGAAGAUGGAAAGGUAGAUGGGAAGGUAGAUUCAACAACCUAUGAAUCUUCAAAUCAUUAUUCUGUGAAGAGUAAGUCCCCAUUGCCACUUACUUUGCAGCAUCUGGUUGCCUUUUGGGACGAUAUUUCAAUGGCAACCAUAAAAGCAGCCACACAGAACAUGAUAUUUCCUAGUCCUGGUUCAAGUGCUAUAUUGAAGAAAAAAGAGAAUGAGAAAGAUAACAAAAAGGGCAAAAAAGAAAAGAAGAAGAAAGACAAAGCAGAAGCAAGACCACGAGGAAAUCUAUUUGGAGAAAUGGCACAGCUUGCAAUGGGAGGCCCUGAGAAAGAUACUAUAUGUGAAUUGUGUGGUGAAUCUCAUCAGUAUCCUGUAACAUAUCACAUGAGACAAGUUCAUCCAGGUUGUGGUCGCUAUGCUGGAGGACAGGGCUAUAAUAGCAUUGGCCAUUUCUGUGGUGGAUGGGCGGGGAACUGUGGCGAUGGUGGUGUUGGAGGAAGCACCUGGUAUCUGGUAUGUGACCGUUGCAGGGAAAAAUAUCUCCGUGAAAAACAGGCUGCAGCUCGUGAAAAGGUUAAACAAGCCAGAAAAAAGCCUGUGCAGGUGAAGACUCCACGGGCAUUGCCCUCCAUGGAAGCGCAUCAAGUGAUUAAAGCCAACUCCAUGUUCUUGCUCUCAUUGAGUAGUGCAGCAGAACCAAAUAUCCUCUGUUACCAUGCCCCAAGGCCCUUCCAUCCACAUCUUCCAAGUUUGAAGGAAGCCAUUUCUGAUGAGCUCCCCAACAAAUAUCCAUGCCUAUAUCUACAGACACUUGCCAGACAACAUUCAGAAAACUUUGCUAGCUACCAUGACGAUCAUCUUUUCCAAGAUGAAAUGAAAUACCUUCGUUCCACUUCUGUACCGGCACCAUACAUUUCUGUCACACCAGACGCUUGUCCUCAUGUCUUUGAUGAGCCUGAAACUAAUUUGAAAUCAAUGCCUCCCAGUCUUGAAACAAGUCCUAUAAUGGAAAAUGAUACAGCAAAACGCAGCGUCUUCCAACGAUCAUACUCUGUUGUUGCAUCAGAAUACGACAAACAACACACAACGUCACCUGCCAGGGUGAAAGCUAUUCCCAGGCGCAGAGUUAACAGUGGUGAUGCAGUCACUAAAUUUUCUUCUCGAGUAGAAGUGGGGUCAUCUCUCCUUCGACAUCCAUCUCCUGAGCUUUCUCGCCUGAUCUCGGCUCAUAGUUCUCUGCCCAAGGGAGAAAGAAAUUUCCAGUGGCCAGUUCUAGCAUUUGUCAUCCAGCACCAUGAUUUAGAAGGGUUGGAAAUGGCAAUGAGACAUGCCCUAAGGAAAUCUGCUUGCCGAGUAUAUGCUCUGGAGGCCUUCAAUUGGCUAUUGUGCAGUGUAAUUCAGACAACUGCUCUCCACGAUAUUCUCUGGCAUUUUGUGGCAUCUCUGACUCCAGCUCCCAUGGAAUUAGAAGAUGAAGAGGUUGAUGACAACAAAGUGAACAAAGAAAAUGGAGAACAGGAGAAAGAUACUGGAGUGUGUGAGCACCCACUGUCUGAUAUUGUGAUCGCUGGGGAGGCAGCUCAUCCUUUACCUCAAACGUUCCACCGCCUCCUGCAAACUAUUUCAGACUUGAUGAUGUCACUCCCCAGUGGCAGUUCAUUGCAACAGAUGGCUUUACGAUGCUGGAGCCUGAAAUUCAAGCAGUCUGAUCACCAAUUCCUUCAUCAGAGCAAUGUUUUUCACCAUAUCAAUAACAUUCUUUCUAAAUCUGAUGAUGGUGAUAGUGAAGAAAACUUUAACAUCAGUGUUCAAUCAGGCUAUGAAGCAUUAAAUCAGCAGGAGCUGUGUACAGUAGCAUGCUUGAAGGACCUCACAGGAAUUGUAGACAUUAAGACGUCCAGUAGACCAGCCAUGAUUGGUAGUCUGACAGAUGGAUCCACAGAAACCUUCUGGGAAUCGGGUGAUGAGGACAAGAACAAAACAAAGAGCAUAACGAUAAAUUGUGUUAAAGGAAUUUGUGCUCGUUAUGUAUCUAUCCAUGUGGAUAAUUCUCGCGACUUGGGGAACAAGGUAUCUUCUAUGACCUUUUAUUCUGGAAAGUCAACUGAAGACCUAAGCAGAAUUAAACAAGCUGAUAUGGAUUCCAGACAUAUGGGGUGGAUAACCAGUGAGCUUCUGGGAGGAGACAAUCAUAUCAUUAAAAUAGAACUCAAAGGACCUGAGAACACCCUGAGAGUUCGCCAAGUCAAAGUUUUAGGAUGGAAGGAUAGUGAAAGCAUCAAAAUUGGUGGACAAAUCUCGGCAAGUGUUGCUCAGCAAAAGAACUGUGAAGCAGAGACUCUAAGAGUUUUCCGACUUAUAACAUCACAGGUAUUUGGCAAACUAAUUUGUGGUGAUGCUGAACCUACACCUGAAUUAGAAGACAAAACCAUUUUGUCUUCACCAGAAGGAGAAGAAAAGGUAUCUGAUGCUGAUUUAAAGGAACACAUGGUGGGAAUUAUAUUUAGUCGAAGCAAGUUAACCAAUCUACAAAAACAGGUAUGUGCACAUAUAGUCCAGGCCAUACGAAUGGAAGCUACACGUGUGCGAGAAGAAUGGGAACAUGCCAUAUCUAGCAAGGAAAAUGCUAAUUCUCAGCCAAACGAUGAGGAUGCUUCUUCAGAUGCAUACUGUUUUGAGCUUCUGUCUAUGGUGCUUGCACUGAGUGGGUCUAAUGUAGGAAGGCAAUAUUUGGCCCAGCAGCUCACAUUAUUACAAGACCUUUUCUCCUUGCUGCAUACAGCUUCACCCCGGGUUCAAAGACAGGUGACGUCUUUGCUACGCCGCGUUCUGCCAGAAGUAACACCAGUCCGACUUGCUAGUAUAAUAGGCGUAAAAUCUCUUCCUCCGGCAGACAUUAGUGAUAUUAUUCACUCCACAGAAAAAGGAGAUUGGAAUAAAUUAGGAAUUUUGGACAUGUUUUUGGGAUGCAUUUCUAAAGCCCUCACUGUGCAGCUAAAAGCCAAAGGGAGCAGUUAUCCUGGCAUGGUUGCUGGGAAAGGGGUGACUUCCAUUACAUUGCCAUCAGUCUUCAACUCUGGCUCCAUUCGUCGAGGUGAAAGUCACUGGUGGAUGAAAGGCUCAACACCCCCACAAAUUUCUGAAAUAAUAAUUAAACUAAUAAAGGAUAUGGCAGCAGGGCACCUGUCAGAAGCCUGGUCUCGUGUUACAAAAAAUGCUAUUGCUGAAACAAUAAUUGCUCUAACAAAAAUGGAAGAAGAAUACAGGGUGCCUGUUCGGUGCACUACAACAACCAGGUUAUGGCUGGCUUUGGCUUCACUGUGUGUGCUGGAUCAAGACCACGUUGAUAGGCUUUCCUCUGGCAGAUGGAUGGGGAAGGAUGGUCAGCAAAAACAAAUGCCCAUGUGUGACAACCAUGAUGAUGGUGAGACUCCAGCAAUAAUCCACUGCAACGUGUGUGGGAAUCUCUGCACAGACUGUGAUCGGUUUCUCCAUCUUCACAGAAGGACGAGAUCGCAUCAAAGACAGGUGUUUAAAGAGGAGGAGGAAGCAAUUAAAGUGGAUCUUCAUGAAGGUUGUGGAAGAACUAAACUGUUCUGGCUAAUGGCACUUGCAGACUCGAAAACCAUGAAAGCAAUGAUAGAGUUCAGAGAACAUACAGGCAAACCUGCUUCAAGCAGUUCAGAAACAUGUCGAUUCUGUGGAUCAAGAAAUGGAACAGAACUGUCUGCAGUGGGCAGUGUGUGUUCUGAUGCUGAUUGCCAAGAAUAUGCUAAAACUGCUUGUGGUAAAACACAUUCCUGUGGCCACCUCUGUGGGGGAGUUAAAGAUGAGGAGUGCUGUUUACCCUGCUUACAUGGCUGUGACAAAAAUGCAAUAUCUCUCAAACAAGAUGCUGAUGAUAUGUGCAUGAUAUGCUUCACUGAGGCACUUUCAGCAGCUCCUGCAGUUCAGUUGGAGUGUAGUCACGUUUUCCACCUACAUUGCUGUAGACGGGUUCUUGAAAAUCAGUGGCUUGGUCCAAGAAUAACCUUUGGAUUUAUGGCAUGUCCAAUAUGUAAGAACAAAAUAAAUCAUUUGGUUUUGAAAGAUUUGCUUGAUCCUAUCAAAGACCUGUAUGAAGAUGUAAAGAGGAAGGCUCUAAUGAGGCUAGAAUAUGAAGGAUUGCACAAAAGUGAUGCCAUCACCACUCCUGGUGUUCGGUUUUACAAUGAUCCUGCUGGAUUUGCAAUGAAUAGAUACGCCUACUACGUCUGCUAUAAAUGUAAAAAAGCUUAUUUUGGGGGUGAAGCACGAUGUGAUGCUGAAGCAGGCCAGGGUGAUGAUUAUGACCCAAGGGAAUUGAUCUGUGGCGCUUGUUCAGAUGUCUCAAGAGCACAGAUGUGUCCCAAACAUGGUACGGAUUUCCUGGAGUAUAAGUGUCGGUAUUGCUGCUCUGUGGCGGUAUUUUUUUGCUUUGGAACAACGCACUUCUGCAAUGCUUGCCAUGACGACUUCCAAAGAAUGACAAGUAUACCGAAGGAAGAACUUCCCCAUUGUCCUGCAGGUCCAAAAGGAAAACAGCUUGAGGGAGCUGAGUGUCCUCUUCAUGUUGUUCACCCAUCCACUGGUGAGGAGUUUGCUCUGGGUUGUGGUGUAUGCAGGAACGCUCAUACAUUCUAAGCAUGCAAUGGAGAGGUUCCUUCAGAUUUCCUAGCCUUUUAAUAUCUUCGAUUUCUGGUCAGCAAAUGGGGUUGGUCCACUGUCAUUGGAAUGAAAGAACAAUGUGGUGCACAAAAAUAACAAAGAAGAAUUGUGUACAUACUUAUUGCUGUAAGUGACUCAAGUUUUCCAAAAGGCUUUAACUUGUGAAGUGUUUGCAUGCUGAAGUAGUAAUCCUCGGCUGUAAAGCAUCACACACCUAUGAGGUACCUUGACGGGAGAUGCUUUCACUCAAAGCAGUCAGGAUUUUGGGCAAGGACAGCUUCCAAAUUAACAUUUGAAGAAUUGCUACAAGUGCACCGAGUACUACUUUUGGCUAACCCUGUACAGUAUUCUUGGAAAUUGCAACACGUCACAGGUUGAGAGUAUAUUCUGGUUCGAUAGAUUGUUGAGGAUGUGUUAGGGCUUGUUGUGUAUGAAUAUCAUAAUGUAUAUAUGGUAUCAGUGUUAGGUGUAUUACAAAGUUGCUAUGUUACACUGCAAUUUUCAUUUAAACUUCUAGGGUUAUGUUUGAGCCUGAAAUUUUAAUGAAGUGCAAUACUGGGUGUGCCUCCUAUCUUGCAGCUGUAAACAUAUGGAAUGUAUAUGUCAAUAAAACCGCUGUACAUUUUUAUACAGUGAAAAUCUGUUGUGUGAAUGGGAAAUCAUUCAGUCACUGUGUGUGUGUAUAUGUACGUGUACAUAGAAUACUGACUGAGUUUUCGUUGGAAAUGGGAGUUGAAUCAUUAAUUCAGAAGAGUGCAUUGUGCUAAUGUAUUCACUUUCAUGAAAGGUGCAGAUAAAUUUUAAAAUUGCCUUCAUGUUUCAGGGGCUUUAUAACUUUUCACUUCAAACGCAUAUCAGAACAUCAGUUUUGCACAGUUGUCUCAAAGCAACAUCCUCCCCGCUAAGGGUUAAAAUUAAUAGGCUUCGUCUAUUUGUCACACAAGUUUAAAGAUUUUUUUUUAUUGCAUCGGUUGGACUUGCCAUUAUGCUGUAAACUUACCGUAUAUAAGACUUUUGCUUCAACUCAACAUGUUCAUUAAAGUACUAAGUAGUGCA